AUUAUGCAAAGAAGUUGCUACCUAAAGCUGCAAAACAAGUCGAUAUCAAGUCAGGCCCUGUAAUAGAGGAGUUGGCUGUUAACGAGUCGAGUCAGACGACAUUCAACGAUCAUGACGAUAUUGGAAUCAGGUGUUCACAUCUUGAUAUUCCCUUUCCCAGCACAAGGUCACAUGAUACCUCUCCUAGACCUCACCCACCACCUCGCCACCCGCGGCCUCACCAUAACCAUCUUGGUCACCCCUAAAAAUCAAUCUUUCUUAACUUCACUCCUCUCCUUACACCCCCAAAUCAAAACCUUAGUCCUCCCUUUCCCUUCCCACCCCUCCAUCCCCUCCCACAUCGAAAACUUCAAGGACCUUCCCCCUAAGUCCUUCAAUACCUUCUUCCGAGCCUUCGGCAACCUCCACGACCCUUUACUUGCAUGGUUCAAGAACCACCCUUCACCUCCGGUGGCCAUCGUAUUUGAUUUUUUCUCGGGGUGGACCCAUCGUCUGGCAUCUCAGCUUGGCAUCAAAAGCAUCGUUUUUUCACCUUCUGGUGCAAUGGCAUUGUCCGUUAUGUAUUCCCUCUGGCGUCACCUCCCUUCCCAUGAUGAUGAUCGGACGGCUGUUGUUUCUUUUGAUGAAAUUCCGAAUUGUCCAAAGUUCCAGUGGUGGCAGCUCUCUCCUCUUUAUCGUAGCUAUGUUAAAGGAGACCCAACUGGGGAAUUCAUCAAGGAUUCGUUCCAUGGGAACAUGGAGAGUUGGGGGCUCGUGAUUAACACAUUCUGUGAAUUGGAGCGAGACUAUCUGAACCAUCUGAUGAAGAUCAUGGGGCAUGAUCGAGUGUGGGCGGUGGGUCCUUUGUUACCAUCUGAUCAUCAGGAUGAUCAAUCUGGGGUCGUACAAAGAGGUGGGCCCAGUUCAGUUUCGGUUAAUCAUAUCCUUACGUGGCUUGAUGAAUGUGAUGAUCACGAGGUGGUGUACGUCUGCUUUGGUAGUCAAGCAGUUUUAAGGAACGAUCAGAUGGAGGAGCUUGCAUCAGGGUUACAGAAGAGUGGGGUCCGCUUCCUUUGGUGCUUGAAGGAGCCCAGAGAGGGCCUCGACGACGAGGGAAGAUACGGCGUCGUUCCUGAAGGGUUUGAAGAUCGCGUGGCAAAGAGGGGACUCAUUAUAAAAGGAUGGGUCCCACAAGUGAUGAUACUGAACCACCGUGCCGUCGGUGCGUUCUUGACUCACUGUGGCUGGAACUCGACAUUGGAAGGGCUGGUGGCCGGUGUCAACAUGCUGACUUGGCCCAUGGGGGCUGACCAGUUUGUGAACUCAAGCUUGUUGGUUGAUGAGCUGAAGGUGGCUGAAAGGGUGUGUGAGGGUGCAGAAACAGUUCCCAACUCUGAGGAGCUGGCUCAACUGGUGGCAGAGUCGGUGUCUGAAGAUGGUGGUCGGAGGAAACGAGUGGCGGCGUUGAGAGAGGCAGCGUUAGCCGCUAUUAAAGAGGGUGGAAGUUCGGUUAAGAAUUUGGAUGAACUGGUAUCAUAUUUCUAAUAUACUAAUAUAGGUGAAAUUACAAAUACCCCUGAGUUUAUGCACUCGAGUCCCAAUCUAUUGAAAGAUUAUAAUCCUCCCUUGUACUUCUGUGCCCACUAGAGCAGCAAAAUUAAAGAAUUUCUUACUUA